CGCGAGGCCUCGCUACUAGCUUUGAUGGCGAUGGCUGACGAGGCCGGCGUGGUGGAUCUACUGCUGCAUUUACGAUCUCACAUCUGCAGCGAGUCUAGGAGUGAGUUUCGUCGUAUGCUGCCAGUAUUCCGGCGUCUUCUGAGCUCUCGCGAGGAUGGUGGCGUGUCGGUGCAGACCGAGCUUCUGGAGAUACGAGAGAAACUACUAAUGCGCGGAGAAGACGCAGAUAUAACCAACGUCGUGAACCGCAUGGAUCGCGUGGUGGAGCGCUGCAUGAGCAUUGAGCAGAGUGCAGAGGCGACAGUUCCAAUGGACGACAUUAUGCGGCUGCUUGUUGCGCUUGCUGGCGGAGAAGACGGUAACACAUUUGUGCUCGAAGACGUUAUGCAGUCAACGAACGACCAGUCUAGUAUGGUUUUCACCACCGAGAAAAAACGCAUCGGCGAUCGUAUUCGAAUGAACAACAUUGAUAUGGUGCAGCGCUCAAGAGCGCUCUUUCAUAAGGCAUCGGUGCCGCUGCAAGAGAAAGCAGAUACGCCAAAGUGUCAGCGUCAUGGACAAGCUUCGAGCGAUCCGAUCAAGACACUCAUGUCAGUGAAGCCUGGGAAACAACUAACAAUUUUGAGACCAAGGAAAGAAGUUUUCUUCUAUGACGGCACCCACGAAGUGCAGUGUAGCAGAUACGCAGACUGGGGAGAUGCGAGCAGCAUCACAGAAAACUCGUCGUGGGGAUCGGAAAUGUGCUCGCUUGAUAGUAUCGAACCUUGGGUAGCUCGAACUUACGCAUGGGAAGACCUGGGAGAGCGGGUGGGCCUGCGUGAGAAUUACGCCAAGCCGUCCGUUUUGGAAAGACAACGAUCAAUUCGUGACCUAGCGAUUCCUAAUAAUUUCGCAUGCAACGGGCACAUCCCAUUAGAGAUACACGAGCAAGAUCUGAUUGAGACAAUCGUCGCUUACAUUGACCGUAAUUGCAAAGGAUUCGCUGAGAGCAUUGAGUGGAGUCGACUCGACACUAUUCCGAAGAGAUUUCCAGUCGGCAACAUUCCAAUUGCCUGGAAUGCGUGGGAUCCAGCUCCCUAA